AUGACAUGGACCAUGGUGACCUCCUCCACCACAACGAUGCUGUUAUACGGCCGUCCAUUUCUAACACAGUGGGAAAUUGGCCUGUGUUCCUUCCAAAUGGCACUGGCUGCAUCUGGGCUCUCUAAGCACGGGUUGGCUCCUGGACCAAAACUUCAGGCGUUUGGAAAAGGUUUUCGACACUCGCGACUUCCCCUAUGUGCAAGCUCGUCUACGUUUAGUGCCUCGAUUCAGCAUGGUACUCAUGAUUUCCCUGGCUCUAUACGGGCCAAGCUUCGAGUUCAACGACUUGCGGCACUAUUUUGUUCCAAAUCUUGCGGCGCCACUCAUCCUACAGCCCCAGUUUCAUUCACGGCGACUGUUAUCUUCAAUAUCAACUCGGCGGUGCGGAUUGACUGCUUCCUCGACCGACCAGCGAGCGCAACGGCGCUCAGCAACCAGUGCCGCUGUAUCCUGGGCGUGGAGGGAGCCAGUGUCAUCAACCAUUAA